AUGAUUCCUCUCAUCUGGACGAUAUUUAUUCUCCAUGUCGCUAUUUUCCUAGUGAAUACCAUUGGCGCAGCAGCCAUUGACAACCUUAUAUGGCUCCUCUACCUCAAACUCCCGACGUCCCUGUACCAAGAUGCGCAAGAACAAAGCAAACUGAAACGCGAGGUCGUUCAGCUCAAGCGGGAGAUGAACAAUACCAGCUCGCAGGACGAAUUCGCCAAGUGGGCGAAGCUGCGCCGGAAGCAUGAUAAGGUGUUGAGCGAUUAUGAGGCUUUGAACAGCAAACUCUCGUCGCAGAAAUCCUCCUUCGACUGGUUCAUCAAGAUCGCCCGGUGGCUCAGCACGAACGGCCUCAAGAUCUUCAUCCAGUUUCGGUACUCCAAGACACCUGUGUUUGUGCUUCCCAGCGGUUGGUUCCCCUACUACGUGGAAUGGGUGCUGUCGUUCCCGCGCGCUCCGCAAGGCUCGGUGAGCGUCCAGGUCUGGAACAGCGUGUGUGCGACGGCGAUUACGGUUAUCGCGGAAAUUCUCACGGGCAUGGUUUUGCAGGUGAGGGGGAGGGCUCAGACUGUUCCUGCUACGGCGAAGAAGACGCAAUGA